CGUCUGUGAGGUAUGUAAAGCUUCCCACUCCUUCAUUUGGCAUAUCCUAGUAUGUUAGUCGAAUAUGAGACCCUCCGGAUCAUUUUUGUUCCUCGAAACCCGAUCCACAGAAAAGUUACUAUUCAUUCAAUUCAAUUGAAGCCUAAGGGCUCUAUUUUGGCUAGAAUGCCACCAUUCGCCUCCAACCUAUCGAAAUGUGGUCGGGUAACCUAGUAAUGAUUAUGUAUGACCCCUGGCAUAUAAAUGUUCGUAAAAAUAUGUUCGUCACCUCACUUGACUCGAGGUGGGCCCGCUAACCCCGAGACGCCCUAUGUGUCUCAUUGGGCUGUCCUUUUGAAUAACGUUUGGAAUAGCACUUUCGAUUUUGGAACUUCCUCCUACGGGAUGUAUUUUGAAUGUUACGAUAUGUUAAGUUACGUUUUGAGCUAUACGUACUACCUUGGAAAUGUUUCGUGAAAUGGAACUUUAUAUUGACUAAGUAUGCGAUUAUUUUGUAUUAUGAAAUAAUUUAUGAGACUAUCAUGUUUUGAAAGACUAUUUUGAAAUAUGAUUUGCAUUGUCCGCUCACGACUCCGCUCGUGCCUUGUUAUGACUUCGUUCACCGGUUCCCGGGCCGGUUUUGAUUCGUGCGCUUUGUGAUAAUUCGGUCGUAUGCUGUGCUACGGUUCCCGAGGCUUCGCCAUAGGGCCAGGACCGUUUGGAGUUAUGCUGUGAUAUGGCUCGUGAUGCAAUACGCUCACCUAUGAUUAUGUUUGUGUUCGGGGAUGUACGGAGAUUUGAAACCUUCUGGUGUUAUGCUGUGUGUGGCGCCUGCGUCGGAGUGGCGACCACGUUCUGUAACGUUUGCAUGAUUUCAUUUGCAUUACGUAUAUGUAUGUGAUUUUGACACUGAUUUUGAUGUACCGGUUUAUACUCCACUUUACUGUCUGGUUUGCUAUCAGUUUUGAUCCAUAUUUCUGUACUCCGUGCUUUACAUACUCAGUACAUAUUUCGUACUGACCCCCUUUUCUGCGGGGGGCUGCGUUUUAUGCCCGCAGGUACAGACAUUGGUGAUCCCCCAUUGUAGGCUCCACUUUUCUGCUAUCUCGGAGUACUCCUACUUGAUCCGGAGUCCACUUCUGUGAUGCCUCCGAAAAAGGCAACGGCGGCCCAGAAGGGCAAGGCGAAAGUGGCAGAGACUAGUCGGGCACCGAGAGUCACCGUUACCCGAGCUCGAGCUCAGACUAUGCCCGGUAUUACACUUCAGUCAGAGGGAUCCAUUACACCACCGGCAGAGCCUGGAGCAGGUCCCUCAGCAGCUCCAGCGACUCCAGCGCCCGCAGCUCCAGCUCCUCAGUCAGGGGCGGAUGACAGGACAUUGACAGAGGCUGUGCAGUUACUGACUACCCUGGUAGCGGGACAGGCUCAGAGACACGGCCGGAGGGAUGAUGAUGAUGGCAGGCGGGACAGCCUGAGGGUUCGGGAGUUCUUAUUAUGUGGCCCUCCAGAGUUUUCCGGGUCUAAGCCCGACGAGGACCCUCAUGACUUUAUUAGGGGGAUGCGACGCUUAGUAGAUUUGGUCAGGGCUUCAGAGACCGAGUCUGUUGAGCUGGCUUCGCACAGGCUACGGGAUGUUGCUGCUCACUGGUACGAGUCUUGGGAGCUAGCUAGAGGCCGGGGUGCUUCCCCAGCCACUUGGGACGAGUUUGAGGCUGCUUUUCUCAGCCACUUUUUGCCUCCAGAGUUGCGGAGGGCGAGAGUGGACAGGUUUUUGCAGAUUCGACAGAGGGGCCGGAGUGUUCGUGAGUAUAACCUGGAGUUUGAUUCACUGGCCCGAUAUGCUCCGGCUAUAGUGGCAGAGAUGGCUGACCGGAUGCACCGAUAUGUGAUCGGGCUGGACCGUUACUUAGUUGAGUCCUGUAUGUCGAUGGCAUCACGGACAGAUAUGGAUAUCGCCAGAUUACAGGCGUAUGCUCAGGGGAUGGAGGACAGGUACCGAGCAGAUCAGUCCACUAGAGAUCGUGACAGGAGGCCGCCCAAGAGGGCUAGGUUCGCAGGUUAUUCCGGGGAUUCUCGAGGCGGACAGCCUCAGCAGCGGCAGUCAGGCAGACAGCUACCUCCACCCGGCCAGAGUACUCAGUCAGGCGGUCGGAGAUUUGAUAGUGCGGGACCGUCUGGGGCCGGUCAGGGCUCCAGAGCGGCAGGUCCACAGGUGUCCAGAGGCCCCAGCCAGCCCAGACCACCUAGGCCCCGUUGUUCUCAUUGCGGGAAGUCUCAUCCAGGAGAGUGUUAUCGAGCUACAGGAGCUUGUUUUACGUGCGGCGGUCAGGGCCAUUUUAUGAGAGAUUGUCCGUUGGCCAGCGGUUCCGGUAGUGUGGCUCAGCCGACAGGGUCAGCCGCCGGUUCAUCAUCUGCUCCAUCUGUUGCACGCCCUGCAGGGCGAGGUGUGCCGACAUCGGCGGGACGCGGUCGAGGCCGCGGUGGCGUUGCAGGUUCUAGCGGUCCUUCGAACCGCAUAUAUGCUUUGGCCAGCCGCCAGGAUCAGGAGGCUUCGCCAAACGUCGUCACAGGUACAGACAUUGGUGAUCCCCCAUUGUAGGCUCCACUUUUCUGCUAUCUCGGAGUACUCCUACUUGAUCCGGAGUCCACUUCUGGUAUAGACAUCUGUUGCUGUAUAUAUUUUGUAUAUUUGGCUGUUUGGGUACGGCGGGGCCCUGUCCCGCCAUAUGAUUCUGUCGGUCUGUUAGAGGUCUGUGGACAGGGUUGUGGGUUAUGGUCCUUAGGUAUGGUUAUGUGAACAUGUCGUUGUGCGAUUCUCAUAUACUGAGGCGGCCAGUCCGCAUGUUUUGAUUAGGCGAUUCUAUACGCCGAGGCGGCCAGUCCGCGUUUGAUAUAUGUAUAUAUAUUGUCCUGUUAGCCCUGA